CGACUUGAUUAAGUAAACAAACGGUCCGACAAAUGUAUCGUUAUUGAGAGCUUUGUAUGAAGGUCACAGAGACUUAACUACUUGUGUACGAAAUCAAAUCAUCCUGUUGUCCAGCUAAGAUUUGAACUAUCAGCGUACUUGAGACCAGAAUGCUUGUGACGGUCACGUGGUUGGUCUGUCUGGCCAAGCUGGUCACUGCAAGAAAAAACCUGGACACACCGGAGGACCAACAUCCCGCCUGCCGGAUGAACGACCGGUGCGUGGGGUCACUGACCCAGCGCUGGGUCAACGGCGACACGUACUGCUGCAACCAUGAGGAGGUCCUCACCAUCUACGUCCGCAGCGCUGACGACCCGAGUGAAAUGGUGCCACUGUUUAAGGCAGCCCACAUACGCUUUUGGGACUCUGAAUCUCCACACGGGAAACGCCGACCGGAAAAUGCCGGCAAGGCUUCGCAAAAGAACUUGACCCCCGCCAGAACAAAGAGCAAAGAACCGCGAACAGAGAAUUUCAACAUCUCCAUUAACCAGUCGGAAGCGGAGCGGUCGCCGUACAGGAUCCUUACCGGCAGACGUGACACUGAUCGUAGCAGACGUGACACAAGGCGUGACGUGAAUGACGCGGAUCACGUCGGAAGUGAUACAAUCCCCAGGGUACUUAGAGUACAGCAAGACGGCGGUCGGAGCAGGCGUCAUCACGGACGUGGCAUGGAUCGCGGCGGACGUGGCAUGGAUCACGUAGGACGUGACGCGGAUCACGAAGGACGUGACACGGAUCACGGCGAACGUGACAACCCCCGGUUCAGACGUAGCAUCUCGCUGCAAAAAAUGCUAGAGCGAGCAGAAAGCGAGACGGCGAAGGAAAUCUCCAACAAAAUCUCCAACCAAGACAGCGACUCGGGAUUGGCGAAAGUGGGAGAGUCAGUCCUCAACAACAUCGGGCAUUUGUUCUCCAUCCCCUCAGGAUACUCCAACACCACCCCCUCUACAACAACGAAACCCCAACCCAAACUUGCCGCCGUCGCCCGUGGCAACGCAGCCUCACCAUCGAGCAGACGGCUUGUGGCCCCGCAGCGUGUACACGGUCAGCACCAGCUGAUGUGCACGUGCGAGCCUAUGAGCAGGGUGGAGGAAGAGAUGAGCACGUUCAGCACGUUCCUGGCACUCCUCGCCCAGCUCUUAGCUUGCUAGUCGCGGCCGCCAUGAUUGUCGACCCGGAAGUUGAAGGUUCGGUUCUCGGCCUUGACAUUGGUGCGUCAUAGCGAGGGUCCAGACAAAAAUGUCAAGAAUCUUUUAAAUUCCUCUUAUUUUUCCCAUUUUAUAAAGUACAUUUGACUAAUAAUUGGGCAACUUAUAAAAUUUUUAAUAUGUUCACAUCACUUUGAAUAAAAUAACAAAAUAAUGUAUUUUUUGUCACUUCAUAAAGAAAUAAAGCAGGUGUAUAAAUUAAA